AUGCCAAGUGCAACAGAGGUCAUAUAUAUGAUCUUGCUUUCUAGUGAAUUGGCUAUAGGAAUCUGGGGAAAUGGAUUCAUUGUACUGGUUAACUUCUUUGGCUGCCUCAGAAGAAGAGAUAUUUCAUUAGUGGACACCAUCCUAGUCAGCUUGGCCAUCUCCAGAAUCUCUUUGUUGUGUGUAAUAUCCUUAGAUGGCUUUAUUAUGGUGCUUUUUCCAAACGUGUACACCCAUGGUGAAAUAAUGAGCGUUUUGGAUAUUUUCUGGACACUUACCAACCAUUUAAGUGUUUGGUUUACCUCUUGCCUCAGUAUCUUUUAUUUACUCAAGAUAAGCAAUGUCUCCUGUUCACUUUCCCUCUGGCUGAAGAUAAAUAUCAAAAGGGUCAUCCUUGGGAUUCUUCUCGGGUCUUUUCUUAUCACCUUACUUAUUUGCAUUCCAAUGAGCUACUAUUUGCAUGAUGAUUUUCGUUAUCAAUUCAAGGAUGAUAAUGGAGAAAAUAAAACUUUGGAAUUUGAAGUGAGUAAAAUCCUAAAUGCUUUGCAACAGAUAUUCCUGAAUUUAGGGGCACUAGUUCCUUUUGUUCUCUCUCUGAUAUCAUUUCUCUUGUUACUUUUCUCCCUAUUUAGACAUACCAAGAAUAUAAAAUUUCAUGCCACAGGGUCGAGAGACCCCAGCACAGAGGCCCACAUGAGGGCCAUAAAGACAGUGGUCAUCUUUCUGCUCCUCUUCAUUAUUUCCUAUACCCUCUUUCUUGUAGUAACUUCUAGCUUCCUGAUUCCUCAGAGGAAAUUAGUGGUGAUGUUUGGUGGCAUCAUAACAAUCAUUUUCCCAUCAGGCCAUUCAUUCAUCUUGAUAAUGGGGAACAGCAAGCUGAAGGAGGCUUUUCUGAAGCUGCUAAGGUUUAUGUGGGCUCAUACAACACUUUGUUCUAUACAAAGUCCUCGAGAGACUCUUGAAUAA